AUAAUUGCUUCUGUUCCUCUGUUGAAAACUCCCACUCCAGAAAGCUUAGAGAGGAAAAGGAGGCUGGAGAAAGGAGAGAAUAGGAAGAAGAGAACCCAUAAAGAAAUAAACCUUUUUAGUGUCGAUAUAUUUCUAUUUUUUGAUGAUUUUGGGCUGAAUUAAUAUUUGGAAUUAUAUUUAAUUUUUGUGGGUUUUUAGGAAAUCUUGCUGUAAUUUGAUUUUGUUAUUGAUUCAUUGAGAUUUUUUGUUAUAUUUGGUUUGCGGGUGGGUUAUUGUGGCUUAUCAUGAUUGUUUUGAGGGCUUUGUUACAUGGGUUUUUUUGGGUAUUGGAUUUUCGGAUUGCUAUUUCAAAAUUUUGAUCUUUUAUUGAGAACAAAAAACUAGUCUUUGAGUUUUUUUAGUUUUUUAGUGAGGAUUAAAUUUUAGGUGUUUUUUUUUUUCCCAAUGAUAGUGUUCUUUGUUUACUGCAUUCUUAGAUGGUAAUUUAAGGUUUAGUAUUACAAGUUGAGUUGGGUUUUUUUCUUUGGUUUUUGGGGGUUGUGGAUUAAGAUGAAAGGCAUUGAAUUUGAAGAGGGGGAAGCUUAUUUUCAUGAAGAUGAUGAUGAAAACAUUGAUCCUGAUAGAGACUUCGCUUACCUUGACAGGAAGAUUGAAAAUGUCUUGGGAAAUUACCAGAAAGAUUUUAUGGGUCUUGUUUCCGUGGAGAGCUUGGGUGCAAGAUUUGGGGAUUAUGGAUCAUUCCUCCCUGUACAAAAAUGCUCCACUCCAAUGUCAUUUCAUCAGAAAUGCAAGAGCCAUGUUAGUGUGAAGUCUCCCCAGAAUCUGCCAUCAAAGCCUUCCCACCAAUACCCGAGCUUUGCUGCAAGUCAAUUAAUGCCGUCAAGAUCCAUACCGGCCUCUGGUGAACAGGUUGUGGAAGAUAUUUCUAAAAUAGGGAUUUAUGCGAUGAAUAACCAAAAUGAACAUAUACAUUCUAGAGAACUUGCUUUGAAUCAGCCUAAUAAGUUACUGAUGACUAAUCCUUCUGAAAAAAACUUACUGAAGUUUCGAGUCAAAAUGACAUCUGAGAGCAUUUCUCAUCUGGAUAAAUCCGCAAUCUAUAGCGGCCUUGGUCUUGAUAUGUCCCCUUCUCCCUCUCCUGAGGCUAGUCCUUCGGACAAUGACGGGACUUCAACCGACUUGCAAGAUUCAGUAUUGGAUUCACCGUCGUUCAUUGUUAAGAUUAUGACAGCCAAGCCUCUUCCUGACGCUGACCUGAUUUCACCUCUCCAUGAUAGCUUGAUUCAUUUAAGGGAUAUGGAAAACUAUGAGGAAUCUGAUUUACCAGGAGGUGGAAAAGUAUUUCCCGUUGACAUUGCUCAUGAGAAAUUAAAGCAUAAGGAAACGAGCAAGGAUAGAAAAUUCAAGCAGAAAGAUCAAAGUCGAGAGCCUGUAGAAUCGAUGAGGGAGAGUUCUGAAUGCCCAUCUAAUAUUGUUGCCUUGACUUCUACCAGAAAGGACGAGGAUGGAAUAUCUACCGCCAAAGAAGUGGUUUCUAGUGCCUCCAUUGAUGCAAUUGUUGCAUAUUCGGUAGAAAAGGAACAUGCUUGCUUGUCGAACAAGAUCAGUGAUUGUAAGCCGCUAGAUAAGAAAAAUGAAGUUGGGUUCUUGGGUGGGGACAUUGAGACCCCAAUGAAAGUGGUAAGUGUAGCGAUGGAUAAGCCAAAAGAGGGACAUGGGUAUGCAAAAAAGCAUUCGUUGAUGGAGGAUGAGGAGGAUGUUAUAACCUCAAAAAGGAAGACUGAGAGGGACAAAAAUAUCAUAGUCAUUCGUAGGAGUGACUCUUAUGCAGAGAAGAGGAAUGAGGUUCAUCAGAAAGAGGAUGAGUUAAAUAAUUUCUCGAAACAAUAUAGUAUUCCGCAUGACAAAGUGAAAGAAAAUGUGCUUGGACCUGCACACUCCAAGGGCAAAAAAGUCAUUUUGAUUCCAAAGAGGGAAUCUAGCACAGAGAAAAGGAAUGUAGAUGGGAGAGAUAGUGAAGUGAACACGAUUUCGAAACAACAGGGAAUAGCAAAGGACAAAGUAAAACAGGAGGAUCUUGAUUUAGCAUGUCUCGUUGAAGGAGAUAGGAUUGCAAAAGAUGAGGAAGCAUGUGUUUUUUCUUUGAAGAAUGAGAAAAAUGACAAGUAUGAUGAUGGGUUUAAGGAGAUGAAAUUCAAUAUUGGGAACACACUUGAACCUUUGAAGCAUAAUUCACACUCCAAGGAUAUAACUCGUUUUUUGGCGAAGCAAGAACCUCCUAGUGACAAGGAUAAUUUGUCUUCUGCACCCAAGAAGAAAUUAAUGGAUAGUCAGACUUCUGCUGCGGAGCCACAUUCAAGGAAGACUAAAGAGUUAGCUAGUAAGCCAAAUUCAAGGAAGAAAGGAAAAGACGUGAGCUCAAAGAACUUUGUAAUAGGAGUUCCUGAACAAGAGACACAAUCAUUCACAAUAAAGCUGAAAGAUAAAUCAAGCAGUAAUACUAGUUUUGGUUCAAACAUGGGGCCUAAUACAGAAGGAAUUCCUGCAGUUGAUUUCCCCUCAGCUGAGAAUACUCAGAUUGUGGAAGACUGGGUAGAAUGUGAGAAAUGUCAUAAGUGGCGGCUUCUGCCUUUAGGCAUGAGCGCAAACUCACUCACGGAAGAGAAAUGGACUUGUAGUAUGCUAACAUGGCUGCCUGGGAUGAACAAGUGUAGUUUUAGUGAGGAGGAAACAACUAAUGCACUGUAUGCAUUAUACGUACCUGUCGGUCCUGCUUCUUUGGUUCAAAAAAAUCAGUCAGCUUAUCCGGAUGUAAAUACGUCUUUAGAUGUGUCAGCCGGUGCCCUAAAUGUUCUUCCUAGCCAGGCUUCUGGUUUUAAUACUUUGCCCAGUGGAGGCAAAAAGAAGAAUUUGGUGAAGACAAAUAUGGAUACAGUACAACAAACUUCCUUGGGUGAACUGAGGAAUUUGAAGAAUCUGAAAAAACUUCCUCGGGAGCUAAGUAUCCGGAGGAGUGGUGAUGGCAGGCCAUCAAAGGUUGAAAAGAAAAGGUUACCAGAUGUUGAGGUGUAUGGAGUUCCUAAGAAAAUGAAGAGAGUGCGUCAGCAAUCAACGGAAGAUUACGAUCCUGGUGCUUUACGAGUUCCUCCGAAUUUUACUGAAGAAAGUCCAAAAUAUCCUUCCGUAAAAGCUAAAGCUAGGACUCAGGGUGAUGUGAAGAAUGAUGAUGAGCUAUUUGAUGAGUAUGGGAAGAAGAGAAAACAAAACAAUAAGCAGCAUCAUGUUUCUUCUGAUGUAUUACCCUCGGGCAAAGGAGGGCACUUAAAAAAUGAUGUUGAUGCUGAGAAAAAUAGUGGGGUUGAACAUAUCUUAGAGAAAAGGUCUAAAUCAUCGGCUUUUCAGGCUAAAGCUAGUCGCGCAGUUAAGAUUCGUGAUGGUACUCCGAGUGAUAUUGCUAAAUCUUAUCUUGGGGAUGCUGUCGGUAGUAGUCUACUCAAGGGAGGUAGGUUUGAUGACGGACCUGUGGAGCAGCGUAAUGUUGUUAAAGUGGCUCAAAAGACCCCUGGUGGGGGCAGAACAUUUUCUGAAAGGGCCCUUGAUUUGGGUUUGUUGGACAAUGCUACCACCUCUAGCUCUUCGAAAAUCUCCAACAAAGUGAAAGCAAAAGUGAAUGAAGUGAAAUCCUCCCCCGUGGGAUCAAUUUCAUCCUCUUCUAUGAACUUCUCCAAAACGGUUUCCGAUAAAGUGACAAAUAAGAAAUCUGUGGCAUACAAUAAGCAGCUGCAAAAAUCUGGAAGAAAAUCCGGGGCAGGAAGUGCUUUAAAGGAGCUUACCCCUCAUAAUGAAAAUUUUAGGGAUCGAAAAUCUAAUCUUUCUAGGAAUUUUGCGGUUGUUGAGGAAAAGAAAGCAUCAUAUGCAACAGGCACGCAACCAAAGCUUGAAGAUAUUAAGAAUACAAGUGGCAAAUCAGAUUCCAUGUUCAAGGAAACAUCCGCUUCACGACAGAAUUGGAAUGCUGAAAAUCAGAUGACGAAACAUCCAAACAGGUUGAAUCAUGAUGGAACCAAUGCUGAGAUAGGAAGGCUACAUUUUGGCAAGAUUGACUGUGAAACAGGAGUAUCAUCUCAUUCGCAUGGUGUUCCUGAACUUGAUGGAGGUACUGGUUCAAGUGGUGGGAAAGUUGACGAUGAUAAGGGGAUACCCUCUUGUAAGGAUGCAAUUAAUCAUGGUUUGAGACAGUUACACCAUGCUGUGCAUGCAUCUAAUCAUAUUGAAGCGUCAAGUUCUAGGAAGAAAGAAUACUUCCAUCGGGAUGCUAAAACUGCCUUGAAGGAGGCAACGGAUCUUAAACAUUCCGCUGAUUGUUUGAAGGUUGCUGGGUCAGGUCUAGAGAGUACCGGAAUUUUCUUCCAAGCGGCAUUGAAGUUUCUCCAUGGUGCAUUUUUGUUAGAACCCGACAACAAUGAAGAUAGAAGUGGAGAGAUGUCACCAAAUGGAGUGUAUAAUACGACUGCAAAUUUAUGCGAGUACUGUGCCCUUGAAUACGAGAGAUGCAAUGACAUGGCCUUUGCUGCUUUAGCUUACAAAUGCAUGGAGGUAGCCUAUAUGAGAGUUGUUUAUUGCAAUGAUCUUGUUGCGAGCAGAGAUCGUCAGGAGCUGCAAAUGGCUGUAUUACCUGCUCCUCAAGUGGACUCUCCAUCAUCAUCUGCUUCUGAUAUCGACAACUUAAAUCAAGCCACCAUAGAUACAGUCAGGGACGGACAUUCUGCUAUGGAUCAUCGAAGUCAUGUUGUUUCUGCUGAAAACAGACCCAACUUUAUGCGGCUGUUGGACUUUACGCAUAAUAUCAAUCUUGCAAUGGAGGCUUCCCGAAAAUCGCAAGGUGCUUUUGCGGCUGCUAUGCAAGUCUUUACACAGGCAGGAAACGAGGAAGGCAUUUUGUGCAUAAAGAAUGUCCUUGAUUUCAGCUUCCAUGAUGUUGAUGGUCUUUUAGAUCUAGUCCGACUUGCAAUGGAGUCUUUGAAGAGUUGACAUUUGACUAAAAACCGAAAUUCUGAUGCAUAUACAUUGCAGAACCCGACUGCCCAUUUUUGGUAUAACCUUCGUCUUUAAUAUUAUAAGCAAAAACAUGUACAGAAUUUAAACUAUGAAACUGUGGAAGGAUUUGUAAACAGAUUAUUGAAUGUUCCCAAAAGUAUUAAGACUGCAGUUGAGAUUUUCGGAGCAUGGCGGAUCGUCAUUUGACAUUUGUAAAUAUACAGUAAAAAACAUUUACUAGAGGCGGGAGUUGCAUUUUUCUUAUGGGGGAGUUCAUGCUGCCUUGCUGCCAGCACUCGAUCGUGAGAACUGAUAGGUUUGAUCAAUGGGUGCUGAAGCAAAAGCUAGAUACGGCAGCAAUUUUGGAACAUAGUAUUAGUAUUAAGUAGCCAGGCCUCACUGUUGUAGACUUGGUAGUGCUGUUGUUUGGCUAUAUAUCCAUAUACAAGUAUAGAUACAAAUACAUAUAACAGGGAUUUUCUUCUCCAUCUUAUAAAGCUUUUUAUACAGUCAAA